UCUUUAUUUUGAACUCAUUUUCUAGAAAGUUCAAAUUGACUAUGUUAAUAUAUGAUGGCGGCUGAUUCUCCAAGAAGUGCUCUCAGCUUGCUUGCACAGUUGAAGAACAUUAUACAAGAGCAAGAACAAACUAUUUUUACUCAAUCAGAAAAAAUAAAGGAAUUGGAAGAAGAAAAUGCUGUUCUUCGAAGCCAGCAACAAAACAAUGCAAAUGACUUGGAAGGCAGUCAAGAUUUAACAUCAAGAAGCUCAACCACUGUAGAAAACCCUCCUACUUCCCCAGUCACUGAAGAAAGGAAGCUAGUUCAAGAGGAAAAUCUUUCAUCCAUAGUAAAAAGAUCGAGUAGUUUCCAGAGAAAACAUCUAGAAGAACAGGAUGUCAGAACAAGAACUGAAUCUUAUGAACUAAGCUCUGAUUUAUUUGAUAAACAAAUCGAAGCACUUCGAAAAUUCUACGGAGGGGCUGAUAAUUGUGAGCGUGCCGCCCGUAUUAUUCAAGAAGCGUACAGAGCAUACAGAAUGAAAUUGAAUUUUCGAAAAAUUAGAAAAUCGAAAACUCGUCGCCUUACACUAGAAAAUAAACUCAUUCUAACAGAACCUAAGGAGGAUGACAAUAACUCCAAGGUAGAGGUUGUUGAACUCGUUCUGGAGCAUCCUUUCAACGAGAAUGAAAAUGAUAAAAAUGUGGAGGACAAUCCCAACUCUGAAACUAAUUUAAAUAAUGAUGAAGAAGAAGAAAUUUUUGAUAAACUUUUUUCUAAUAAUAACACUAGCAAAGAAAGAGAGAGUGACGAACCCGUCACUCCAAAAGCCACAGACAAUGAAAUUGAAGACGUUUUGUCUCAAAUUUCAAUGCCAGGUAUAAUAGCCGAUGUUGAAUCUGUAAAACGACGCAGAAAACGUAAAGGGCAUGGAUAUGAAACUAUUGUAUUGCCCAAUCGUAAGAGUGAAUCGGGAAAGAAAGAAGAAGAUAAAAAUGGAGGUGAUGACGGAACUUUGAAAAGGGGAGAUGAUACUUCUUUAUUACGUCAUUCUAUUGCGACAUCUUCAAUACGUUCAAGAAACAGUGAUACGGAUAAUACAUCGGAAUAUAAUGCUUGGCAACGUGUCGGGUCGGAGCUAAGCCUAGUGAGCUAUGAUAAUGAGGCAGAUGAAGAAAGUCUCAGAAGUUCUGAUACAGCGAGUAUAGCAAGUGGUCAGAGUGAGUUCUCGAACAACGUAAUAGCUGAAACAUAUCAGAGGAGAAGUACGUUAAGUACGAGAGGUAGCUGGCAUAUCGAUUCAAAUAAUGACAUCAUGAGAAAGAGAUUGUAUCGAAUAGGACUGAAUCUUUUUAACAAAAAACCAGAGAAAGGAAUUGAAUUUCUUGUUGAACAUAAAUUUAUUGCGCGAACUGCUCCAGCAGUUGCAACUUUUCUACUCAAUCGUAAAGGAUUAAGUCGGCAAAUGGUCGGUGAAUACCUUGGAAACACUCAGAAGAGAUUUAAUCAAGAUGUUCUUGACUCUGUUUGUGAGUUAAUGGACUUCAGUGGUCAAGAAAUAGAUGAAGCUUUACGCGAUUUCCAACGUCAAAUUAAAGUUCAAGGGGAAGCCCAAAAAGUUGACAAACUCGUCGAGACAUUUUCACAACGGUAUUGUGUAUGUAAUCCAAAACUUGCGGAGUCAUUAAAAAACGCUGAUGCAAUUUUCAUUCUCGCUUUUGCAAUUAUCAUGCUCAACACUGAUCUUCAUUCACCCAACAUGAAAAGAGAGAAAAGAAUGACUGAGGAUGAUUUCAUCAAAAAUCUACGAGGAGUGGACGGUGGUGACGAUCUGAACGAAACAAUGUUAAGAAAUACUUAUCACAGGAUACGUGAUGAGGAAUUAAAAACUGAUGAUGAUCAUGUGACACAGGUUUUAAACGUUGAAAAAAAUAUUAUUGGGAAAAAGCCAGUUCUUGCUGUUCCACAUCGCCGUCUCGUGUGUUAUUGUAGAUUAUAUCAAGUAGCUGAUCCUGCCAAACCUCAGAAAGUUGGACUUCAUCAACGUGCCGUCUUCUUGUUUAAUGACCUACUCCUGAUAACUAAAGUUCUGCAAAGAAAGAAAAACAGUUCAACAUAUGGAUUCAAAUUAUCUCUGCCAUUACAAGGAAUGAAUGUUCUUCUCUUCGAAACAACAUAUUAUCUGUUUGGUAUCAGACUAAUCAACACAAUGGACAACAAAGUGUUAGUGACAUUCAAUGCUCCUAAUGAAGAUGACAGGAAUAAGUUUGUAACGGAUCUGAAAGAAAGUAUAAACGAAGUUCAACAAAUGGAAACAUAUAGGAUCGGAGCGGAACUUGAAAGGGCACAGUUACCUGUGGACAAUAGGAAUAAUUCACUGUCGAGAGAUAACAAACUUCUGUCCGCAUCAAUGCAUAAUCUCAAUGAGACAUCAGCUCCACAUGCAGCAGUUUCUCAGUUUCUUGGAAACGAUCGUCCUACUUCAAUGUACACGACCACACAAAAUGUGAAUAAAAACAAUAACAAUUUCUCCAACAAUACAACUAACACGUUGAUUCAGAACAGCAAUCACUCAUCGUCACCAGACUUAAGAAGUGCUGGAAGUCACCACAAAAAGGAAUCCGUACUAAACUCGGUUUUUAAAUUUGGUAAAAAAAGUAUCAUGUCACCACAAUCACCUGAAUAUGCAAAAGACAGUAUACAAAGUAAUGAUAAACCUAGGAUUACUUUAACUUUAUCUGAAGUUUGAAUGACGUACUAUUGUAUUAAUUAUUUUUUAUUUUAUUUGGUUGCAAUGAAUGUUUAAGUGAAUAUAUAAGAAGAUGUUUUUUUUUCAGUCAUAUGCUGAUUUCUUUAAUGAUUUAAUACAGUCAUUCCAUUGUCGUGAAUGCAUUGUUUUUUUGUGUGUACAUGAUCCCAUAUUGAUUUUAAUUUGACUGAAAAUGGGGUAGACUUUUAUUUGGUCCAUAGAUAGAUCAAUUAUUGUAUUUUUAAAAUUUGUUCCAUUCAUUAAGUUUUUGGUAGAAAUUAAGAAACGUUAUUUGAUUUUCAGAACAGGUUUUCAAUAGAUUUUCUUUGAUUAGUUUGCAAUCAAUAGAUGAUAGUUCAAAUCUUAAUAUUGGAGAAUCCCAAUCUAGAUAUAUUAUACUCAACGUUUACUCUUAUGGUGGUGAAAUAUCUGAGAAAGAAUUUGAACACAACACAAUGAAAUGAGUGUUUGCUAACAAAUACUAAAUAUAAAAUAAAAUUAAUUGAUAUGGUUAGGUAGUGAAUAUUCUAGGGUGAACAAAAUUUUAUUGUCACAAAAACAAUUUUGAGGACUAUUUGGGCACCGUGAAACAAAGCAUAUUCUCGGUCAGAAAAAAUUGAAUUGCUACGGCUCAAAUUAUUGUGUAAAUGUAAUUAAUACCUAAACCUUUUAGGAUAAUAAAUUUUGAUAAUGUGUAUUUCAACAAACUUUCUGUGUUGUGUUGGUCCAUUCAAUAUUGGAUUUAAGAUAAACAAACACUGGUUUCAACAAUUAUUUUUCAACUUGAAUGUCAUGAAUCAUGAUGGGGAAUUAAUACUAUCUAUGGAAUGUAAAUCAGCUGAAAUCAGCUAUUUUUUAUAGUUGAAGUAAGCAAUAGAUAUUAGAAUAAAAUAGUUGAAUGAUUUAAGAAAUAUAUUUGGUCCCUGCUCAAACUCACUUUUGCAUCACUGUCCAUGAUUAAAAGUCUAUUCUGAUGGUUAUGAUAUCUGCGAAUAAAAAUUUCAUUUGAAACAAUGAUUUUAUCAAAAUAUUGGACAUGAAACUUUCUGUUUUUCUCCUAUAAUUUUUUAACAUGAUUUACUGCCUGUGGCCAGUCUUUAAAGUUCCAUUAAGAUUUAUUAAAUGCAAACAUGUAUGAUUUAAUCUGUAGAAAUAAACGGUGAAGUAUUGUACAAACAUUCUAGUUCACCAAGUACCAAUGUCAUCCAGUCCUUUUAAACUGUGUCGUCGCAUAUUCAAGUUGAUUUUUUGUGUUUUUUUCAUUUAGUUAAAUUCUUUUGAUUGCAGCAAUAUUUUGCAUGUAUCCCAAAAAUAUUUCUGUAUUACUAUAAAGAGGAAAGGGGUGAUGUACAAUCCAAAAAAAAAAUUGAAUUAUUUUUUGAGAAUGGAUAGAUUACAUCUCAUCCAAGAAAAAGGUAAAAGUUGGAGAUUUACUGCUAGAUUUUUCUCUCCCUAAUUUUUUUGACUAAAUUCCUAAACGUCUCACAGUCUGGCAUAAAAAUAAGUCAAUGUUGAAGGGAGAGAUUAAUUAUCUUAAUUACUAGGCAAAAUGUAUAGUAGUAUAUGUAAUACUUCGCUUUGUAGUGAAUAAUAAAAAUUUUCAGAUUUCAAAAUGGCUUUUUCGUUUACAAAAAAUCAGCUAGUGAACAUGUCUAAUUCAAAAUUUAAUUUAUCGAUUAACAAACAUUUAUAAAAAUAAUCUACGAAAACCUUCGACCUCCAUCUUGCAAUUACGUUCUUGAGAUUCUUUGAAUUAUAUUUUUGCUGCUGAUCAAAAAUUACCUUAUUUGAUCCAUCAUAUUUUUUCAGUCCUAUGAGUAGUCUAGCAUACUCGGAAAUAUUUCGAAAUGAUCAGUUGUAAAACCAUAGUUCUAUAUUUACCAGAUUUUUUUUUUCUAUUGAUGAACAUUUUUCAAUAUAUUAUGCUAUUCAUAAAAAAAUUGUAAUAGGCAUACUUUUAGAAAUCCUGGCCAGACAUUCUGAAGACAGAGAAAUUAGAUAAACACUUUUUAUUUUGUUUUCUUUUUGUGCAGAGAUGGUGAUUUAUAUCAAAAUUUGACAUAUGUUUUGAUUUUUCUAAAUGUGUUUAUUUUUAUUUUGAAAUUAAUCUCUGACCAAAACAUCAGAACACAUCAUACUGGUAGAUUUUCAAUCUAUCAUUCUGUAAUCAAGAUGGUUAGAUCAAGUGGUAUGUUUUGCUUUGUAUUUCAUCUUCUAGAGCCAACAAAAAUUGAUGUGGAGUUAUUGAAUAUCUUAAUUCUGUUCCUGACCCAAUUGCUCCCACAUAUUUAAAUAGCCAGAACUUGCCGCCACUAAGUAAUCGAAGAUUUUAUAUCGUGUGUAUUUAUUUUAUAUGGCUCUUGUUGAAAUUCCAUUACUAUUGCUUUAGUUUCGUGUAAAAAUGCUGCUGCAUGUAGCUAUAUUUUUCUACCAAUUCUCUCUGAGUGGGAAGAGACAGAUUUGCCAUCUCGGGUAAACAGUUAAUCAGUUUUUCAGAUAACUCUGUAAGAAUAUGGAUGAUAUGUAAAAAGGCAAUUGUUCAGUGCUUUUGAGUCCUAAGUGUUUAUUUCCAACCAGUCUGUGCAGUCAUCAUAUUACACUUUAGUCGGGAUCUUAUUGUCACAAAGUUUGUCAUUUAGAACAAAAGUUCGUUCGUUUUUCGUUCAGAAAUUGUCACUUUACUAGUUAUUUUGAUUUUUCUUCUCGCGCCAUUUUUUGUUAAAUUUGAAUUUAAGAAUUGUUGUUGCUUCUUGCGAUUGUGACAAACCUAUGAAUAGCAGCAAUCACUGAAAAAAAGUAUGAUUCAAUUUCCAUCUUAUUGCUAUCGUUGAUUUAAUUGACCGUUAUCAGUAGGAGUGAUAUUUUUAAACGAAAUCGUUUUUAUUGCAGGAUUGUGUACAUGUUGAGGUAUAUGAUUAGAUAACUUUUUUCGUCUGGAUUGUUUGUUUUGCAUCACGGUCACAAAUAUUUUCUUUGUUUAAAAUGGUGAAGUGCAAUUAUGUAGUUUCUAUUAUAAAUGGAAUAUACUGAGAAAUAUAUCGUAUACACGGGUA